ACCCUUAAACCUCAUUUAAAUCUCUCUCUUUCUCUCUGCAAAACUAAAAAACAAAAGUGUUCUCUUCUCUUAAACGAUUUCAAGCCCUAGCAUUUGAUGAGCUUGGGCUUAUGUGUGUGUAUAUAGUUGAUUUUUGUUGGUCUGUUGUUGAAACUUUAGAACUUUUAGCAUUUGGUUCAAUUUGGAAUUCGGAAUUGUGGUGAGGAUUGAGAUCGCAAAAAGACAUGGAGGAAAGAGGAUUUAUGUCACCUUCAUUGGCCAUAUCGGCGUCGUAUCGAGAAGGAGGAAGCAAGGGCUUAUCACGACGGAGGUCGAUGAGACCAAGCUUUGACGCGGAUAACGAGUUCAUGAACCUUCUACAUGGCUCAGAUCCCGUGAGAAUUGAGUUAAAUCGGCUGGAGAAUGAAGUCAGAGAUAAGGAUAGGGAAUUAUCUGAAGGACAAGCUGAAAUCAAAGCUUUGAGGUUGUCUGAACGACAAAGAGAGAAGGCUGUUGAAGAGCUCACUGAAGAGUUGGGAAAGAUGGCGGAAAAACUCAAACUGGUUGAAAAUCUUCUUGAGAGUAAAAACCUUGAAAUCAAGAUGAUAAAUGAAGAAAAGAAGGCUUCCAUGGCAGCUCAGUUUGCAGCAGAAGCCUCUCUUCGUAGGGUUCAUGCUGCUCAAAAGGAUGAUGACAUGCCUCCAAUUGAAGCUAUUCUUGCCCCUUUAGAAGCUGAACUGAAGCUUGCCAGACUAGAAAUUGCUAAACUGCAAGACGACAACAGAUCAUUGGACCGCCUAACCAAAUCAAAGGAAGCAGCUUUGCUUGACGCUGAAAGGACAGUUCAGUCUGCAUUGGCAAAGGCUUCAAUGGUUGAUGAUCUCCAGAAUAAGAAUCAAGAAUUGAUGAAACAGAUUGAAAUUUGUCAGGAAGAAAAUAGAAUUAUAGACAAGAUGCACAGACAGAAGGUUGCAGAAGUUGAAAAGCUUAUGCAGAGUGUGCGAGAGUUAGAAGAAGCUGUUCUUGCUGGUGGUGCAGCCGCAAAUGCAGUGAGAGAUUACCAGAGGAAAUUUCAAGAAAUGAAUGAAGAGAGGAAAAUUCUUGAACGGGAAUUGGCCCGUGCAAAGGUAAAUGCAAACAGAGUUGCUACUGUUGUAGCAAACGAAUGGAAAGAUUCUAAUGACAAAGUGAUGCCUGUAAGGCAGUGGCUUGAAGAACGUCGAUUUCUGCAGGGAGAAAUGCAACAACUACGCGACAAACUUGCCAUAGCUGACCGAGCUGCAAAAUCUGAAGCUCAGCUGAAGGAGAAAUUUCUACUGCGGCUUAGAGUGUUAGAAGAGAGUUUAAAGGGGCCUGCAAGCAGCAGCAGCAGAGGCACAUCCGUUGGUAGAAGCUCGAGCAACGGGCCUUCUCGAAGACAAUCCCUUGGUGGAGCUGAAACAAGUCCAAAAAUUACAUCAAAUGGCUCGUUGAUUAAGAGAACACCAAGUUCUCAGUUUAGAUCAUUGACUGCUAGUGCAAGCACUGUAUUGAAGCAUGCAAAAGGAACAUCAAGAUCAUUUGAUGGGGGCACCCGAUCAUUGGAUAGAAGCAAAGUGCUAAUAAAUGGACCGAGAUCAAAUUUUCCUUUGAACCACCAGUCUUCUGAAGGAACUAGCAGAGGCGAGACGCCUAGCUCAGUAAAAGGGAAAGAAGAAUCAGAUGACAAGUCAACAAAUAAUGAUAGCGUCCCAGGUGUCUUGUACGAUUUGCUGCAGAAAGAGGUCAUAACAUUAAGAAAAGCUGCGCAUGAAAAAGAUCAGAGCCUGAGAGACAAGGACGAAGCUAUUGAGAUGUUGGCCAAGAAGGUUGAAACAUUGACAAAAGCGAUGGACGUUGAGGCAAAGAAGAUGCGAAGAGAAGUAGCUGUAAUGGGGAAAGAAGUUGCUGCAAUGCGUGUUGAUAAAGGACAACAAGAUAGUAAAACCAGACGUCUCUCAGUCUCAAAGGGAAACACUGCUCAACUGCUUUCUGGAAGAGUGUCUGGACGAAUUGGGAUGACGAGGAGCACACAGUGACAAACUGAUUCGAUCAAUCACUGGUUGAUCUCUGUGGCUUGCCUUUAAUGGUUCUUGUGUCAAAUUGAGAGAAGGGAUUCAAAAGCUGAAAGAGAUGUAAAGAACCAGAUUGAUUCGAUGUGUGCUUCUUCUCUAAAGCAUUCCAACAUUCAAGGUAAAGGGAGAAAUUAACUUCACUUGGCUGAUAUAUCUCUUUACUUUGUUGUGUUAUGUAUAGUAGUAGUAGUAGAGGUAGGAUUAUGUUUUCUUUAACAUUUUAAGCUUUCACUUGUGUGUGUGUCACUCUCUCCUCUUAGUUUAAUAUUCUUGUUAACCUAACCCGGUUUUACUCAUUUCUCUGUCGAUUAUUUUGGCAGCCUAA